AUGUCACUUUCACACAAUUACAUAUUCGGAAUUCAUCAGAAGGUCACCCAUGGCAAUACCAAGUUCAUCCAAGCCUAUGGGUACAGAAUUACGUCGCUUCGCCGAAUCACUGACUGGUCUCUUUCACUCGCCUUGACUUACGUAAGCGCCGAGUACUAUGAAAAGCCCUCCGCUGGUCACAGUCAGACAUUUCUCGACAGAGUUUCAAGACGUUCGGACAGUCUGAAAGAUUCUAAUAUGUGGUUUAAGAGUACGAUCUGCGUUUUGUUGGUGGUUUGGGUUGGAAAUGGCUUCGCUUUGCCUCUCGAUCUGCGCAACGAGAAUGCGCUAGUGUCCUCUUCGUCGAGUACGGACUCCAUCGAAGACCUGGAUAUCUCGUCUUUGAGGAAUCGCGUGACCGACAUAAUGGCUGGGAUCAAGGAGGUACAGGAGUUGAAGGAAAACUUGUCGGACAAGUUGAAGGAAAGUGGUCUUGCUGAAAGUGAUCCCGGCUUCCAAGAAUACUUGGAGAACUUGAAUGUGGAGCUGACGAACCAAAUAGAAGACUAUUUGAAGGAGUUUGAGCGGAUCAAGAGUCAAAUCGCGGAGCUUUUGAAGAAAGAAGUUGCCGAUACUCCAAAAGGACCAGAACUCACUUCUGAUGACGCAUCCUCUGCAACAUCUUCCCAGAUGGACAACGCCGCAGAUGAUCGCGAAAGGCAAUUUAGGUUUCCGCCUUUUCCCACCGUCUCGAACAACGACGUGACUAAUUACCAGACUAAAGACCACGUCCUUGCCGGUUUUAUUUCACUAGUCGGUGAUUGUCCCGGAAUCGAAAAAGACAUAAUAAAAAUCCCAAAAAGUGGCGACUUGUAUGAUCUUGGUGUAGACAGCCUGAGAGAAGAAUGCGCCAGAGUGUGUCGACACUUUGACGAAUGUAAAGCGUUCUUGUUUGUUCCCACGUUCUACGAUGGCGCCCCCUAUUGCAUCCUGAAACGCGAUUCCUGUUUAAACGGUCUUGCACACUCAGAUGACGACUUUUUGGAAUUUUACCGAAAGGACGUGGCCCCGGAUGUUGUCAUCGGAGAUAGGUCUGUCGAGGUUGCCCAGGAUAAUGGUAAAGAAGCAGCAGCCAAGAAACUCUCCAGGAGGCCUACAGCAGUACCUGGAACAAGCACAGUGUUGGCUGACUUGGAGGAUCGAGUGACGGAUCUUGUUAAGAAGAUUGAGGUGGUAAAGGAAAUAAUGGAAGAAGUGACGACAAAGCUGCAAACCGUUGAUGAAAAAGAUACCAACCAGCGAGACUUUUUGGAGAAGAUAGAAAAGAAGCUGGCGAACAAAAUGCAGGGGUAUUUUCAGAUGAUCGCGCAGUACAGAGGCGAAAUGGCAGAGAUUAUAAAUAAUGGAGGCAUCAAAGAUACCGGAGGCAUCGAAGAUACCGAUCUUCCAAGAGGACCAGAGCCCACCUCCCGAGAUUGACGGUACUCCCGAUAUCGGCAAAAGGACUACAUUCCGGCGGGCGGGAGCUAAUAAUUGAACCAACUACCUGUUGAAGUUGAACCCACUAACGACCACGUACUUGCCGGACAGUGGCUUUUACUUGCUCUACUCAAGCUGAAGUAGUGUAAUAACUGUACAUCGAACACUAAUUUGAAGAUGCUUAAUAUAGGCCUAUAGUAAAACUGAAAUGGCCUCGUGGUCCAUUCAUAAACGGCCAUUUGUGAAAAUAGGUAAUUUGCAGUUGAGCCUUCUUCAGGUCUGCAUAGGCAAGAAACCAGUAGGAACGUUGUGCUCUCCUGGCGUCUUCAAUCAUCUCCGUAUUUUGAGGCUUUUCGCACCUUGUUGCUCAACACUUUGUUAUUCCGCCUGAAACAUUAAACGAAUGCACAUGAAGUAACCUUUUUUUCAUUCU